UUGGGCAAUGAGACUCUACAGAAAGCUGCCCCUGCGGCUGGUCUCGCAGACCCUAACCUCCACCCCAUCUCGUCUCUACCACCUCACCACCCCUCUCCUUUCCUCCUCUGACCCCCAACCUAACCCUCAGAAGCACAGCUUUCAGGCUGAGACCCGCCAACUGCUGGACAUUGUGGCAAGGUCUCUGUACUCAGAGAGAGAAGUGUUCCUCAGAGAGCUGGUUUCGAACGCAGCUGAUGCACUCGAGAAGUUGAGGUACACUCAGUUGAAGGGGGAGGAGAUUGAUGACCCUUCAGCUACUCUUCAUGUGGAGUUCCUGAGUGAGUCACUCAACUCUCUCACUAUUGAGGAUAACGGGAUUGGUAUGACGAAGGAGGAGCUGAUAGCGAAUCUGGGGACCAUAGCCAGGUCAGGUUCCAAAGAGUUUGUGAAGACAGCAGGAGCAGAUGGUGGUGAUACGAGCAACAUUAUAGGUCAGUUUGGUGUUGGUUUCUACUCCGCCUUUAUGGUGGGAAGUCACGUGACAGUACUUACAAGAUCAGCCAAACCCGGCUCAGUGGGCUACGUGUGGAACAGUAAUGGAGAAGAUGGGUACGAUAUCCAGGAGGCAGCAGGACUCCCUAGAGGAACCAGGAUAGUGAUCCAGCUGAAGGAGGACGCCCUGGAGUUCGUAAAGAAGGACAGAGUGAGGGAGGUGUUAAGAAAACACAGUAACUUUGUGGGGUACCCUAUCUACCUGGAUGGUGUACAAGUUAACACUAUAGAGCCUCUUUGGACUAGGAAGUCCUCUGAUAUUCCUGAUCAGGAACACGCGGAGCUCUACCAGAGCUUGUCGGGUAGGAAGGAUAACCCCAUGUACACCAUGCAGUUUGCAGUGGAGACCCCGGUUAGUAUCAAGUGUGUCCUCUACGUUCCCCAGUUCAUGCCCCAACUUGACAUUGCUAAUCUAAAGAACUUUGGGAUCAGUUUGUACUGUAAGAAGGUGAUGGUGCAAGCACAGACUCCUAAACUCCUCCCCGAGUGGCUGAUGUUCCUACAUGGUGUGGUGGACAGUGAAGAUAUUCCUCUGAAUCUUAGUCGGGAACUUCUACAAGAAUCAGUUGUUAUCACCAAGAUAAAGAGUGUUAUCACUGGUAAAAUGAUAUCUUAUCUCAACAGACAAGCUAAGAGGGAUCCAGGAAAGUAUGAGGAAUUCUACAAAGAGUUUGGGAGGUUUCUUAGGAUCGGGAUAGUCACCACAGAGAGUCAGACAGAGAAGGAAGACCUGGCUAAACUCCUCAGGUUUGAGUCGAGCAAGGAAGAAAAGGGCACUAUUAUCUCACUAGACCAGUAUAUUGAGAGGGCACCAGAAGGGCAGAAACAGGUGUACUAUCUCUCAGCUCCAUCUAGAGAUAUGGCCAUGGAGUCACCCUACUUCGAGACACUCCAGCAGAACGAUCUGGAGGUGCUCUUCACCUACAACAAGGAGGACGAUGUGGUGUUGUUCAAGCUGGAGAACUACAAGGACAGGAAGCUGUGCACCGCCGAGGCUGCUAACGUCAAACCAGUGGAUAAACCGGAGGAACCAGGACACGAGAAGUUGGAGAAACAGGAGGGAAAUAGGCUGGCUACCUGGUUCAGAGACGCCUUGGGACGGGAGAAUGUAAAGGAGGUGAAGAUGUCAGACCGUCAACACUCCCAACCUGCUGUCGUGACUGUUGAGAACCUUACCACUCUCAGACGAUACUUGGAGAUGGCCCCACCAGACCAGAAGGAAGCGAGCUACAAGUACCUGCUCCACAACAGUGUGGUACUGGAACUGAACCCCACUCAUCCCAUUAUCAAACAGCUGGCACCUCUCAGAGAGAGCAACCCAGAAGUAGCGGGGUUAGUUGCCAGCCAGCUCUUCGAUAAUGCUCUAAUGAAUGCUGAUUUGGUGCACGAUCCCAGACGAAUGGUGGGCAGGAUUAACAAGAUUUUACAGGCAGUCACUGAAAGUGAAGUCCCGACUGAUGCGGAUGUUAAGGAAUAAGGAAUCCCUGGAAUGAGAUUUUUUUAAUGUUUAGGAUUUUUAUAACUUAUUA